AUGCCCAGCAUUAAUGAGGACGAGGAUCUGAAUCCAGAGCAGAAAGCAGAGCGUGAGCGCGAGAGGAGGAUGGCCAACAACGCGCACAAGCGGCUGAGGGUUCGAGACAUCAACAAGGCCUUCAAGGAGCUGGGCCGCAAGUGCCAGCUGCACCUGAAGACCGAGAAGCCGCGGAAUGAGAAGAAUCUGAACCCCAAAACAGCCUGCCUUAAGAAGAGGGAAGAGGAGAAGAUGUUGGGGGUUUCGGCCGACCCCCAGCAGGGGCACCCUGUGGUCCACCCCGGGAUUACCACCACAACCAACCCCAUGGGCCACCUCUGA